AUGUUACAGUAUCAAGCAUCAGCUAGAGUUCAUCUGCUUGCUAAAAAAAUAAACAUCCUUUCAGCUUGUUCGUGUAUCCUUAAAAGAAUGAGCGGUCGUAGCGAAUGGUUUAGACCCAAGAGGUUACAAAUGUUCAAUUAUAUAUCCAAGUUGUUUCGUUUCCAAAACUCUCCAUCCUUGGCUUUUAUGGUAUUUAAAAGAACAACAUUAAGAAUAUUCAUAAUUUCGGACUUGGAGGUCUUACAACUCAAGAGACAUGCUCAAAGAAUAAUUCAUGAAUUCCAGAUGCCGAUGAAGAAUCAUUCAUUUGCUCGUAAACAUUCUGUUGAAUAUUAA